AGCGAGUUGCCUCCAUUGAACGGCAUGGCGUUCGCUGGGUUCAUGGACAGGUACAAAGUGGCCAAGGAAAAGGAGGCCGAGAGUCCUCAGCAAGUGAACGAUGCACCGCGACACGAGUCUCGUCCACACGCGGGGAAGCAGGACGUGUCGGGAAGUGAAGCUGGAGAAAACGGCGACAAUGGCAGAGCCGUCGACACGGACUUGACGACAGCUCCCAAGGACGCGCCAGGUGAGGGCAACGAUGCCGCUGCAUCUCAUGACGCCCAUGUAAAUGGACCCAACGGCGGUAGUGCUCCAAUGGGUGCACGAGACAAUGGAUGGAACCCAAAGACAGUGGCGAUGCCAGACGCUGACACUUGGGUGGAGCCCCCACCACCCAUGCCAACUUGGGACCAUGAGUCCACCACGCCGCCUCGUUCAUCGGCCAAGCCUGCAACAAGUACACAUAAGGCGUCAAGUGGAUGGGGCAGUCCGCCAACGGUAAACACGAGCGCCAAGUCUGGCGGAUGGGGCACGACGACCUCGACGGGCUCUGCGUCAUGGAACGAUUCGUCAAAACCCCACGAAACGUCGCAGUCUACCACGACUGGUGCUGGACAGCAGUCGUCGCCGCCGUGUUUGAAGCAGCACGCGUUGGAGUCUUUCAACCAAGAGAAGCGCGAAGAAGGCAGCCAGAGGGGGCCGCGCGAUCCCGGCACAGCGUCGACGAGAUCAAAUGGUGGUUGGGGCGCCACAAGUACUGGAGCACCCGACGCGACCCAGAAGCGCUCGGGCGGAUGGGGCUCGCCAGACAAGGCCGACACCGCCAAGAAGAGCUCGGGUGGAUGGGGCGACCUGCCCGAGUCUCGACCUCCAUCGUCCGGCGGGUGGAAUACGACCAAGGGCGACAGCUCGACCCCCGCAGCGACCUCGACAUCUAGCGGCGGUUGGGGACGUCCAAACGAAGCCACGUCACGUCGCCACACGUCCGCCUCGGACAAAUCGUCGACGGAAACUCCAUCGAGCAAGCCGACGAAGCCGUCGUCGACCGGGUGGGGCGACGUCGAUCGAUCGACCAAAGCGACUGGCGGAUGGGGAAACUUGGACUCAGCAUCAACAGUCACAGGCGGAUGGGGCGACACGUCCAAGUCGACCCCACGUUCCCAUGACGUUCAGCAUGGUGGGUCGACCGAUUCCCAAUCUGGCGGAAGGCCCAAAGACAGCGGAUGGGGGGAUGCGCCGCGGCGCGACGACUCGACGGAUGACAGAUCGAGGUCUCCAAAGCAGCGGUCACCGUCGACGCCCGCCUCGUCUCGUGAGAACAAUGCAUCGUCCAAGGGCAGCGGCGGAUGGGGGGAUGUCGACAAGUCGUCCAAAGUCAGUGGAGGAUGGGGCGACCUGCCAUCCAAAGCGCCGCUCUCCGCCAGUGCCGGAGGUUGGGGCACGACGUCGGACAAAUCGGGCAGCGCGGGGGGCGGCGGCGGCGGGUGGCACGGCACGAAAAGCCAGACCAAGCCGUCGAGUGGAUGGGGAAGCACGCCAGCAUCGAGUGAAACGAACGGGGACCACGAUCGACAUCGAGGACGCAGCCCGUCGCAACACCGCCACCACGAUUCCAAGUACAACUCGAACCGCCGCGACGACAGCAGAUCUGCUUUCAACUCUCGCGACGACGACCGCAACAAGCGCCACGGGUCUCCGUCUCGCGUGGAAGGUGGUUGGCGGCGAUCGGACAAGCGGUCUCGGAUGGCGGCGUCGCCGCCCCGAGAAGCGCAAGAACCGGACUCGCCUCUGUCGUUUGGCGGCGGGGGCUACUCCCCUCCACCCCCGUUUCGCUCGCACGACCGCCACCGGUCCACUUCGCGGCCUCCACCGCGCGAACGAUCGGCAAGAUCCAUGUCUCGCCACACCCGGUCGUCGUCUCAGCAUGGCCGCGACCAUCACGCGAGUCGAUCCCGUUCGGUGGUCCGUCAGUCGCCGCCAUUUCAAAAAUGGAAUGCUCCGUACGACGGCCCGCCGCCCGACUAUUACGACAAUCCGCCGAGUCAUGCUGUCGCCGCGAGCAACAUGCGCAGCAACGUUGUCGGCGACAUUGUGCAAGCGCGCACGUCGUACGACCUGUCGAGGCGGUCCGUGUCGAGGCAUCGCAGCACGACGACGAUGUACUCGUCCGACGUGCGGGCGAUUCCCACGCGGCGGAUUGAGCCUCCCCGCAACCCCGACGAAUGGCUGUUCACGCUGGUCAAAGGCAGGAUGAUGGUUCAGUGCCGCGCCAUGCCAACCGCCCUCGCAUUCACGCGGCAGCCCAUGCCGCGCGAAGUCAACAUCACGCAGCAGCCGUCGCUUCGCCACUUUCAUUCGUUUAUGCACAUGGAGCACAAGAUUGAGUGCCCGCACUGGAUUUACGAACUGUUUCCGCAAACCCAAGCCGACACGCGCGCCUACGACGACUUUCUCACGUAUCUCCUUCGCGGACGAUCCGAGCCGUGUGCCGGCAUGUCUGUCGACGUUCAAAACUACAAAGUGAUCAUCAUGCCGCCCGGCCAAGAAGCGCGCCAAGUCGGCUACGACCAGACCCAAAUGGUCGCCAUCAUUCGCAAGAACCUCCGCACUCGAAAGUAAUGACGACGAAACAUCGCACUCUAUUCCAA